GACUGGGGUGCCGGGCCCCUAGCCACAGUCUUGUCAGCUCGUGUCUGCAACGUUACUAGGGAAGCGCCAGUGUCGCAGCCGGGAGGGGAUCUUAGAAGAGAUCGUAGGGUGCCUCCUGAAGAGCUACCAUGUCUGAGAAUUCUACAUCUUCCCCAGUACAGAACAAGAACAGAUAUGAACCCAAGACUGCUAAUCUUCGAAUGACAGAUAAGAAAUGUUCAUGGGCCUCCUACAUGACCAACUCCCCGACUCUUAUUGUCAUGAUUGGUUUGCCAGCCCGGGGUAAAACCUAUGUGUCUAAGAAGCUYACACGCUACCUCAACUGGAUUGGGGUGCCUACCAAAGUGUUCAAUCUUGGGGUUUAUCGACGUCAAGCCGUCAAGUCCUAUAAGUCCUACGACUUCUUUCGGCAUGACAACAAAGAGGCCAUGAAGAUCCGCAAACAUUGUGCCAUGGUGGCCCUGGAAGACGUUAAGACCUAUCUGACUGAGGAGAACGGGCAGAUUGCGGUAUUUGAUGCCACCAAUACUACCCGGKAGAGGAGAAAAAUGAUUUUGAACUUUGCCGAGGAGAAUUCCUUCAAGGUAUUCUUUGUGGAAUCUGUUUGUGAUGAUCCUGAUGUCAUCGCUGCCAAUAUCCUGGAGGUAAAGGUGUCCAGCCCUGACUACCCUGAAAGGAACAGGGAGAAUGUGAUGGAGGACUUCCUGAAGAGGAUUGAGUGCUACAAAGUCACCUACCAACCCCUUGACCCAGACAACUAUGACAAGGAUCUUUCUUUCAUCAAAGUGAUAAAUGUGGGCCAGCGUUUUUUAGUCAACAAAGUCCAGGACUACAUCCAGAGCAAGAUUGUCUACUACCUCAUGAAUAUUCAUGUCCAGCCUCGCACCAUUUACCUUUGCCGGCACGGAGAGAGCGAGUACAAUCUCUUAGGAAGGAUUGGGGGUGACUCUGGCCUCUCUGUGCGGGGAAAGCAGUUUUCCCAGGCUCUAAAGAAGUUUCUAGAGGAGCAGGAAAUAAAAGACCUUAAAGUGUGGACAAGCCAGUUGAAGAGGACUAUCCAGACUGCUGAGUCUCUUGGAGUGACCUAUGAGCAGUGGAAGAUUCUGAAUGAGAUUGAUGCUGGCGUGUGUGAGGAGAUGACAUACGAAGAGAUCGAGAAGCAGUACCCAGAGGAGUUUGCUCUUCGAGAUCAAGACAAGUAUCUGUAUCGCUAUCCUGGUGGGGAGUCAUACCAGGACCUGGUACAGCGGCUGGAGCCUGUCAUCAUGGAGCUGGAACGUCAGGGCAAUGUCCUUGUCAUCUCCCACCAGGCUGUCAUGCGAUGCCUCCUGGCCUACUUCUUGGAUAAGGGCGCAGAUGAGCUACCAUACUUGAGGUGUCCUCUCCAUAUCAUCCUCAAACUCACUCCUGUGGCCUAUGGGUGCAAAGUGGAAACGAUUACACUCGGAGUGGAGGCUGUGAACACUCACCGUGAAAAACCGGCUAACAACCUCCCCAAGAACCAAACCCCUGUAAGGAUGAGAAGGAACAGCUUUACGCCUCUGUCCAGUUCGAAUACAAUAAGGCGUCCAAGAAAUUACAGUGUUGGGAGCCGGCCCCUCAAGCCCCUCAGCCCUCUCCGUGCCUUGGACAUGCAAGAAGGGGCCGACCAGCCGAAGACCCAAGUCAGCAUUCCGCCAGGUCCUGAAAGGGCCAGCCCAGGUUACAGAACACCCACAGAAUGCUCUGGAGCUUGCAAGUGGACAUAGGGUUCUUUGCCAAUCACAGCAACUUUCCUGCCACAGCCAGUGACCUCUGGGGCUUUUUAGAAGGAUGGAGUUAGAUUCUGGAGUCACCACUGAUGUCUGAAUCACUCAAAACAAAAGGCAGAGAAGAGCUCACUCCAGUUCACCAAAGCUGCUUAUUAUUUUCCAGUAAUUUCCAGCAUACCCCUAAAGUUAUUAUUAUUAUUAUUUUAGCAGGAGAAAUUUUUUUUUCCAAGUGUGGAAAAACUUGAUGAUGAACUUAAUCUCUCUUCUUGGGGCACUCUUUUGUUCAUAAGGAGAAAUUAAUUUGACAUUUUGAGAAUUUCAUGCAGUCUAGCUCUUUCCUGACUAUUCUAAUUUAUCUAUUCAUUUCUGUCAUCUCAUUUUCUUUGUAGGGUUUAAAAGUAAUUGUUUAAAGAAGGGACUCUUAGCCCCUUGAUAGCAUAUAAUGGUUUUCCUUCUAUCUCAAUUUUGUAUACAAAAUAGAUGAAUGUAUAUACGCACAUUUUUCUGAGAGACAAAUCUAGAGUUCUCUUGGGAUUUUUUAAGAUAGGUGAUCUCCUGCCUAUCCGUUUACAUUUUAGACUUAGCUUGUGGGAACAAGUUAACUAUUUCCCAAGGGUUUUUGUUUUGUAAUAGAAAACCUUUCAUCAUGGCUCUCACCCAAGAACCUUCCUUGGGAUCUCCUUUACAGCUUUGGAAACUUACACAGCCCUGGGUCCAUCUGAGUCAGGCUGAAUGCUGACUCAGAAACCGGAGUUGAAGUCUGGACACAUGUGUGUUUAAAUAGCUUCCCUGAUGAUUCUGAUUCAUACCCAGGGUGUUCCACCUUAUGGAGCUAAGUGGAAACAUACCAGAUAGUAGUUUCUUGGACAAAGGAUCAACCUUGGCAUUCUGAAUUCCUCUUAAUUCUAAAAGGACAGUUCUUUGGAGUUCAAUAUUGGAGCCGAUCACCGUAGUAAGCRAAGCAGGCCUCUCAGUCAGGCUGCUGUGCUUUAGAGACUUACUGUAGGUUCUAGUUUCACCUUUCACCCUUCACAUUGUGCAGUGACGUGGAACAAACCUCUAAAUGACCUUGAAUAAAAGCUGGGUUUCCAAGCACCCUGGAGAGAGUUCCUGAGGUACAGUCUGUAAGAUGAGGAAGGUUGYCUCCACCUUGAGCCCUUCACUUUUACAUUCCAAGUAGAAUACCACAGCUGCUUUCCAAAGGCUGCUGGCCUAGCGUCUUCUCAAAAUUGUGUCUAAGACAUAAAAUUACCUGCUCUUCCUGUCAAGCUGUUGCACAAGGUCUGUAGUAAUGUCUUUGUGGGGCUUGGAGCUGGAUGGGGGAAGAAAGAACAGAAAUAGAAAAAGAAAGGUCCUUGUCCUCAAGAAGGUUACUUUAAGAGACAGGGCAUGUAAUUUACAGCAAAUGAACAUUCACAAAAGAGCCACACACUGAGUCUGGAAGUGCUGAUGUUGCCGUGGACUACAGAUUGCUUGUGACUGUUCCCUUUUCCAAUGGCUGUGAGACCAAAAGUGUUAGGGGAUAGAAAGACCCCAUCUCCCCAGUGUGAGUARGAGAGCCUGGGAGGUAUGUGUGGCUCUUUCACAGGGUUGCCUUUUCUAAUUUGGUUGAGAYGAUGGCAACUCUAGCCCAAAUGGUUAUUCGAUGUAUUCUCCUGCUGCAAGGUAAUAGUAAUUUAGAGAUAAUAAAUGAGAAGAGGGAGAACUUUGAUCCAAAGAUGUGGGAUUUAGAUGGCACCUCCUCUUAGGUACAGGGACCUUCUCUGACUGACUAGCAUUGUGUUAGUCUGUUAUAAACACUGUCAUUAGAGACAGGUCACUGGAUGUUCGUUUUGGCACUCAUUCUGCUGAUAAUACUUCUAAUCUUCCCCUGUGUUAGUUUGCUAUUCCCAGAGGAGUAAUGGAGGUGACCUUAUCCUCACAUAGGACAGGGGAAGUUAGAAUUUGAAAACAGCACCAGUUUCAACAUCCUUUGACUUUUGAUCCCUUCAGAGAUGUUCACAAAAGAAGUCAAGAGAAUAUAGAAUUGAAUAGAGCUCUUCAGGAUUUUAGGGAAGUCCUACUUCCCAUCUUUUUUUUCCCUAUUCUUCUUCCCCUUGUUACUUGAAAUGUAUAUUGGUAGUAGAUACCUGUUACUCUGCUUAUGUCUAUAUCACAAGUUCUACAAAGAAAGGAUGGACUCCAGGGAACCCUUUGCUGAGGUUUUAAUUGUUGCCAUGGGGGAAAUAGGUGAGACUUUGAUCUACUGGUAUAAAAUGGGAAAUGAAAACCAUAUUUUGUUUUUGUUAGUUCCAAGCUGAAUGAGGAUGUCUGUUAACAGAUUUUUGAAAGGAUUUUGUUGCAGAUUCAGAGAACCCACUUCUCUUCUGUUCCUACUUCCUAAUUUCCAAAUUGGAAUUUAGUUCUUAUUUAUUAUCAAUAGUGUCCUUUUUGUUUUGGUAAUGGGCUGGUUUUACAUCGAAUUGGAAAGUAGAAUAGAAAAAUCUUUUUCAAGUAAGAAAACCUUUUAAAAGUCUUUUUAAUCUUAAGAUUUUAAAUCUUUUAAAAAUCUUUUAUAUGCAUUGUGCUGGGGAAUUGCCCUAUGUCAUUGUAUCUGGGUUUUGAUUUUGUUUCCCAAGAAAUUGGAGUAGAGGAUAAGAUGUAUUUGUACUCCUGGAUGGAAUGGUUGAGUGUUUCUUGUGAAGAUCUGAUAGACCUCUUGCAAUCCACAUUUGAUCUUCAGAUGCACUGAUAUUUGAAGAAACAUGAUAUAUACUUGUUUGCAAAUAAAUCCAUCUUUUGGGUUUUCUGGGGGCUGGAGAUCUGAGUUCUAGAGUUCUCAUUGAUGCUUGGGGUGGCCAGUGGACAAAGGGAAACACGUCCUGGGUGAUGAAAUCUCAUGCACAUUCCAGUAUCCUAGCCAAGCCCAGAAGCCAUUGUAUCUGUUGUCAAGAGGUUUGAUAGACGUACCCAGCUUUUCUUAUAUGUACUUUGACUUUUUGUGUGUGUUUUAAAAUGUUUUAUUUUAAAAAUAUAUUGUCACAUUGUCAUGGUAGAUCCUUGCCUUUCCCUAAAGAUGACAUAGACAUCAGAAGUGUGUCCAGGAAUUUUGUUUAGACUCUUGGUGUCCCUAAGACUAUUUCUAAAGGGAUCUGUGCUGACUGACUGUGGGCUCUGAUAGGGUCUGCAGGCCAACAGUCUUCUCGGUUUUCUCAUUGUACUGUUUUUUAGUAUGGUAAGUUAUUGUAAUUGUCUAUCUAUGGCACAUGUCCUGCAAAGAAAGGAACUAAACACUGUACAUUUUCUUUAUGGGGAAAUCUGUGUGCUAUAAUUUUUCAUAGACAUUCCUUAUGUAAUAGUGGUCAAAUUCUCAGUGUUUAUAAAGAUGAUAGUUGUAUGGUGUUUUGUGAACUCAGAUAAGGGAAUGCCUAGUCAGAAUCUGAAGUUGUGAUUUCUACUUGAAGUCAUCUUGUCCAGUCCCCUGCUUUAGAGUAAGACUUUUCUUUCACUAUCCAUUCCUGAAUCUUCUGUCCUCAGCUUAUCCUAUUAAGGAAUGUAGCAUUCUAAUGAAGAGUGUUAUUGUUUUUAAUCUGCCAUGCAUUUGGCUUUUAUUCCUAAUAUAAUAAAUGCAAAGGAAAUUUGCAUUCAGAAACUGAUUUUAAAUGGGCAAAGGUAUUCUUUCCCAUAAGUCUUUCACUGGAUAUCUGUGGCCAACAUUUACUUACUAUUUUUGUAUCUGAAUUGCUUGUAUACAUUUUUAUUGUUGUUGAAGUAACAAAAUCAACUUAUUGUAAUACAGUGAUGGUUUUCUAUGGCAAAAGCAAAGAACUGAAUGCCACCCUCUUUGGAGGGGACUAGGAGUGGGGCUGAGCCCCAUAGGUUUGAAUGGAAAUGGGCUGGGCCUGGAAACCCAGGAACAGAGUUCUACUGUGGACUUCCCAGGCACAGCUUCUGUUGAACAUAGGAGCAUUAAUCUCUAGCACCAUUCUGAUUUAAUCUGGUGACAUGAUGACAUACGUUUUUACUUAGAUCCACUAAAGGUGUAUAUAACUGUAUUGGAAAUGUGCUUUUGUGUGUGUGUGUGUGUGUGUGUGUGUGUGUGUGUGUGUGUGGAAUGGGUAAAUAAAAUUGUUGAGUAACUUAAACCUAUCAAAAGGCUUCUGGGUUUUUUGUUUUGUGUUUUGGGCUAUGUCCCCACCCACACCCUCUAAAACUUCAUUGCAUGCUGAGAAGACUUGGGCAAACCAACGUGGGUUCUCAGUGCGACUAUAGACAAGACUCUCUUUCACUACCUUUUAGGGAGGAUGGGAAAGAUAUGGGAAGCUCAUGAACUUGGGUAGUCAUGUAUACCUGUUGGUACCUAUGCAAGAAUUAAGGGAAAAUUACUCUCAACCCUAUGGUGCUGUGACUCCUACUAACAACAUGUAGCUCAUAUUACCUAUUAAAAAAAAAAAACUUGUGAGAUCUUUUACAAUUUAGUGUCUGUUGCUUUUAAAAUAUACCCCACCUAUUUUUAAAGAGAUUAACAGCCAAUGGUAAAAAAUGGUUAUUUAACAACUUCUGAAACAGGAACUAGAGCUGAAAUUGCUUUUGCUAUUCUCAUGCCUCAUUCCUUAUUACUAAGAAGGGCCACAAGCUCAUUAGAAAUGCAGAGUCUCAGGCCCCCGAAUCAGACCUUCAUUUUUACAGGAUCACCAGACACAUUUAACAUUUGAGAAACAUUGUUCUAAGGGGAAGAACUCACAAGGUAAAACAUUGAAUCCAAACUUAGGGGAAAAAGUUGAUUUGCUCUGAUCACUGACUUCAGAAUGGCCUGGAGUAACUACAAUGGUAGGGACCCUCCUCAGAAGCCAAGUAGCCUCUGACUGCAAGGUCACUUUUUUGGCAUGGUCUUUGGAUGAAGUAGGCUGCAUACUCUCUUUUUGCCACAGGAAUCCUGAUCACUUCUGCUUCAUAUCUUAGGUAUGUAGCUUAUGGUCCAGGUCUGCAAGGAGCACCUGGCCCAACAUGGUUACAAGGUCAGCUUCUCAGGGAAAGAAGCCCUUGCCUAUGCCAUUAGAGUUUGUCUGACCCCUCAGAG